AUGACGCUAUGGCGGCUAUACUAUGGAGUCGCCUUCUUCAUCGUGACAGCCGGCUUCAUCAAUGCCGAAGAAAGCGAGCACGAGAAGCCCGAACGAUAUGCCAUCAUCGAGUUCAGCUGGGAAGAAGUGAAAGUGCCCAUGACCAUAGUAAUAUGGCUGUUCACUGCGUGUGUUGCCAAAAUUCGUAAGGUUCAAUGCCAAAAUGAGUGAGAAUUAUAAACAAAAAACAUUGAUGUCAAUUUAAAGUAUUAAAACUUUAAUUUCUAUUCCAGUGUUUCAUGUGUACAAAAAGGUAUCCGAGAUGUUUCCCGACAGCUCUCUUCUGAUUCUGAUCGGGCUUCUGAUCGGCAUUACCUUGAAUAUGGCUCACGUUAACCGAAGCGAAUUCUACUUGGGAUCUCAAGUUUUCAUGUUAUACCUCUUACCGCCGCUGGUGUUCGAUGCCGGUACGAUUUUACUUAUGGCAAACGAGCGUUUAGUUUAUAAAAUGCAGGUCUCUAUGUGUACAAACAUAUACGUAGUGUACUAGCUAAAUGGUAACACAUUAAACCUACUGUUUAGGAUACAACAUGCCUGCCAGAGCGUUCUUCGAUAAUAUUGGAUCGUGCUUGAUGUUCGCACUGGUCGGAACAGCAUGGAAUAUCAUCGCCAUAGGUAAGGCUGUAUCCGUGUUCAACAUUAUGAAAUUUAGGCGUAUCCUUGUGGUUGAUCAGCAAAACCGGCUUGUUUUCGGUGGAGAUGACCUUCUGGGACUUGUUGCUUUUUGGAUCCUUGAUAGCUGACGUCGACCCGGUGGCCGUGAUCGUCAUCUUCGAGGAGAUGAAUGUCAACGAACUCCUGUUUAUCAGUGUUUUCGGUAACUUUGAUCGAACAUAACAAGAAUUACAUUAUUUUAGGGGAAUCUCUGUUGAACGAUGGUGUUUCCGUGGUAAGAUCAGUAGAUUUUCUGCCAAACUUAAAUUUAGGUGUUGUACCAAAUGUUCGUGUCGUUCGUGGAAAUAGGAGGUGACAAUCUGAUAGUACAAGAUUACAUUUUUGGUAUCAUUAGUUUCUUCGUUAUUGCAAUCGGAGGUACUCUAGUAGGAAUACUGUUCGCCAUGAUGACAGCCUUCCUCACAAAGUAAGUCCAAUUUUGUUUUUACUGAAUCAUUCUAGGUACACUGACAAUGUGCCCAUCUUGAACCCAGUGUUCGUGUUCCUGAUACCGUUUGCUUCGUAUCUGGCUUGUGAAAUGUUUGGUCUCUCAGCCAUUUUAGCGUAAGAACCUUACUUUAAAACAACUUUCAAAUUGUAGAAUCGUCUUUUGCGGAGCGGCCAUGAAACCAUACAUCCGAGAAAACAUACCAAAAGACGCUUUCAAGUCUAUUCACUACUUUGUAAAGGUUUUGGCACUAGCCAGUGAAACAGUAAUCUUCAUAUUCUUGGGUCUUUCAACUGUGUCGGCAGAUCAUCACUGGGACACCGCUUUCAUUGUUUUAACAGUAAUAUUCUGCAUGAUCUACAGGGCCAUAGGUGAGAUAUAAAGGACUUACGUCUCUUAUAACCAACAUUGCAGGUGUUGUUGUUAUCUGUUGGGUUUUAAACAAAUUCCGGCUCAAAAAGUUUACCAAGGUUGACCAAUUCAUCAUCGCGUUUGGAGGACUGCGUGGUGCCAUAGCGUACGUCGUUAGAUAAAAAAACAUAAAAUAAUAUUAAAAUACUGAUAGUACCCCGUUUUUUUUGUCUCUAAUAUUCAAAUUUAGAUAUGGGUUAGUUGUAGCAUUACCAAAUGAUCUGCCAGCCAAAAACAUGUUUGUUACUUCGUGUAUUGUAGUAAUAUACUUCACAGUGUUCUUGCAAGUAAGUAGUUGAACAGGAAACAAUUUAUUUUCAGGGAAUGACGCUCAAACCUAUUGCUAACGUACUUCAAGUUGAACGUAAAGUUGUCUACGAGAAGGGAAUGGUCGAGAAAGUGCACGAAAAUGUAAGCUCAACUAUUAACACAUCAAGCUAUACUUCAGCAUAAAAUUUUGAAAAUAGAUCAACUCGACAACAAAAUACCUAUUUUAACUGAUAAAUAAAAAAUAACAUCGUAUUUUAGCUGAUCGACCACACAAUGAUAGGCCUAGAGCUUGUAAUUGGCAAGUAUGGACACCACUGGAUUCGUAACACCUUCGAGAAGUACAACCUGAAGUUCUUCAGAUCAUUUCUAAUAAAGAAGAAGGCCAGGAAGACAUUGGAUAACAGUAAUCUUGUUCGUGUAGCCAACAGACUCGAAGCCCAAGACGUGGCCGAGUUUGCAGACAAAAUACAAGUCUGGUACGACCAGACAAGAUCCAGGGCCAGCACUACAAAUUCUAUGGCCGGAGAACGACGAGACGAGAUAGACCUCGAUGAAGUGAACAAGAUAUUCCACGAGAUAAAAGAAGAACAAUCCAGAAAGAACUCUGAAAUUAUAUAA